CAUUUACAGAGGUCUAGACAAGCUGUGUGAAGCUUCAAGGAUGCUGAUGCCUGUGAGGAAACAAAAGCGUGCAGUGAAUUAAAAGUCGGCGUCUAUUUCCGUGCGGCUUCCCCGCUCGGUUGAUUCCACCGGCUGCGUGUAGACCCGAGGUCAGCGAUGGAUGUGGCCGACGACCUGAACCUCUCCUUUCUGCUGGAACACGAGCGAGAUAGCAUCCUGAGGGUGCUGCAAAAGGACGAGAAGCUGAGGAAGCGAGAGGAGAAGAGGAUACGGAAGUUGAAGAACGAGCUACUGGAGAUCAAACGUAAAGGCUCCGGCUCACGUGAGUCGGCGGAGCGUCAGUGCGCCCGCUGCGUCAAAACGCUGGGCCUAAUCUUCCGAGCCGGCGAGCUAUGCGACGAGUGCCAGCAACGCGUGUGCUACGCGUGCCGGAGUUUCAACUCCAAAGCAAAGCCAGUGGAGGGUAACGUGUGUGCUAAGAUCUCGGAGUUGAAGGUGGUGACGGGCGAGUGGUUCCUGGAGGAGCGAUCAAAGCGCUUUGAGCACAAACUGUUGCGCAGUGACGUGGUUAAGCAACAAUGUGUUUUAUCCCAAGCCACAGAGGAUAGAAAGUCCCAGGAGAACGUGGCACUCCGUCCUGAGACGGGAAGGGCUGAUACACCAAAUCCAGCAAGAAAAAACGGCAUCGGCGGCCUCAACAUCAAAUCUGCUUCAGACGGAGACGCUCACAGCGUGCGAAGCGUUUUACUCCGCUCCAAGUUAUCUUUCAAGCAGCAAAGAUACACCUGCAGUACUCAACGAUCGACGAAUCCGAAACUCUUGACAAAUACUCCCCCGCCAGCAGCAACCGGAGGGUCAGGCCUGACGGAGCAGAAAGUGUUUUCCAGCUUCCACUCCAGCGGCAGCGCGCCCGAGAAGAAAGCCGCGGGAAAUCAUGGCUACGGCACUCCGACCAUUUCCGUGUCCCAGGCUUCGGUAUCAUCGGAUCACAGUCGCUCCGACAUGGACCUUCCCACCGCAGGUUCAGAAAUCAGUGACGACACCAUGAGCCUCAGAAGCCGCUCUGUGCCAGGUCUCAAUGGGACGGAGUUCUCCGACCAGGACGCAGAGGAAGACAUCGACGCCCUGAUGUCAGCCCACAGUCAGACAGCAGGACGCCACCUCAGCAAUGCCGUGUCCACGUCUUCCACCCCUGCCUCAGAGAGGAGGUGGGCCUUCCUCAAUGUCCCCGACUCAGAUGCUGAGACAAGUAGCAUCAGCAGUAUGAUGAGCAUGUACAGCGAGACGGGUGACUAUGGCAACGCCCGCGUCAGUGGCGAGAUCCUGUUGAACAUCAGCUACAACUACAAGACGGGCGCUCUCAAUGUUCUGGUCAAAGAGUGCCACAACCUGGCUACAGGGGACGAGAGGAGGCAACGCACUGAUGCUUAUGUGAAGACGUACCUGCUGCCGGACAUGUCCCGCCAAAGCAAGAGGAAGACAGGCAUCAAAGCCAACACCAUCAAUCCCGUUUUUAACGAGAACCUGAGGUAUGUGAUCAGCCACUCGCAGCUGGAAACGCGUACCUUGCAAGUGUCGGUGUGGCACCACGACCGAUUUGGACACAACAGCUUCCUGGGAGAAGUAGAGCUGACUUUUGACUCCUGGGAGUUCGAUUCCCAAAUAGAUGAGUGGUUCAGUCUGCAGCCCAAGCUGGAGAGCAGCAUCGAUGCUACCAUGCAGUACAAGGGAGAACUGACUGUGGUGCUGAAGUACAUUCCUGCAGAGAAAAAUCUCAUGUUGCCUCUGGACCAAGUACAAGUUAAGAAAGGCUUCCUGAAAGGCAAGAAGAAGAGCACCUUCACGCCACCCAAAGGGGGCAUGGUUGAGCUGCUAGUCAAGGGAGCCAAAAAUUUAACUGCUGUCAAGUCUGGAGGAACGUCUGAUCCUUUUGUCAAAGGUUACCUGCUCCCGGACAGCCAAAAGUCCACCAAGCACAAGACAGCGGCGGAGCGUCGGACGGUGAACCCGCAUUGGAAUCACACUUUCACAUACUGCGGUUUGCAGCCAGGAGACCUCAACAAUGUGUGUCUGGAGCUCACCGUGUGGGACAAGGAGGCCCUGGCCAGCAAUAUCUUCCUGGGCGGAGUCAGGCUGGGGGCCGGGACAGGCACAAGUUACGGGAACGAAGUGGACUGGAUGGACUCGUUUGGGGAGGAGCAGCGGCUGUGGCAGCGCAUGAUUGAAAAUCCCGAAGUCCCCCAGGAGUGUACGCUCAUGCUGAGGUCCAGCAUGCGCAAACGCACCACAUACACCGCAUGAGCCCGAAUGGAUUACAAACACAAGACGUGUUUCCACCAAGUAGUACAGUACAGCUUGGAACAAUAAAACCCCAUCUGGCUUGUAAUCAGACCAUGUUGCACAACUCGGUUUUGUCUUAGACUCCAACUUGAGAGUCUCUCACGCAGAGAUGUUGCGAAAUUUUUGCACAGAACCUGCGGAAGGCGGGAACUGCCGCAUCUGUGGGAAAAAAAAGUCAUGCAAAAACAAAAUGAUCAGCCAAUAGAAGAGAAAAAAUAAUUGCUUGGCAAGCUUGGGUUGUCUGGAAAGGAGGGCUGGAUUUGUCAUCAUUGUGGAGCCUCAUUUUAUAUACUUGGCAAUUUUAUUUUAUCAGGAUUGUUAAUACAAUUCUCUGUAGUGUCAAAAGACAAUUUAUUCCUCUUUGCAGGAUUUUUUUUUUUAGCUAUCCUCAAAAACCUCGUGGUGUCUUAAAAGUAGUGUAUUUACUGUAUACUACCAUUGUAGCAUGUUGGGAAAAAAAAGUCACAACGACAAAUUAUAUUUAUAUUUUUGGUGUUUCUUAUUGUAAAUUAAAACCUCGUUAUAAAAUCUUGUUAGAAUAUUAAGAUUUUAAAGAGAAUGAAUGCUUGCUAGCAAAGACCGAAAAAAGUAUUUUGCCGAUAUUUACUCUUAGUUUGAGUUUGUUCUGUAGUGUAGAUGUGUCACAAUGUCCGCACACAUUUGUGCAUCAGAGCUCACUAACCAGAAGGAACCUGAGACUUACCCAAAUUAGCUUUUUUAUACAGGAUCCAGCAAAAGUGGGAUUAUUGCCACAAUUAUGUACGAUUGCGCACACCACCAGGCAAUCAGAUCACAUCGCCACAUCAGCACAAUAGCAGCAGAGUGGUAUUUUACUACCAUUUUUUUUCUCCAAAAUUGUGUGCACUUUCACACAGGGACUUGCAGGAAGAAGUCCACAGUCCUGGGAAACCUUAUGUGAAACAUGAACAAAAACAAAGUGUCCACUAUUUUGGUACACAUCACUUGUAAGAGUGCAAACCCUAAAAAUACAUAACCUUUCUAAUUGUACUGCUUGUUGGAAAUGGGCCAAAAGAACGACGUUACAAGAAACGAGCGCAUCUCUUUCCAGUGUCACUCUUUCUCCCCAGUGCGGAACAACCGGUCAUGCCUUACGCUCGGAUCUAACCCACUGCGCUUUUUAAAAAACUUCCAAACAAGAAACACAAUGCAGUGUUGGGUCUGGUUUUAAGCACAUCCAGAUGGGAUUUGUGCGUUUGAAUUAUUUUUAGCAUGUAGAUGGCUAUCAGUCUUUUUUCAAAUACAAGACAUGAGUCAAAGCACUGAUAAAUGUUGGUGAUGAAUACCCUUGUCAUCAAGCUAUUUUUGCUGUGAAGCACAUCCUUGCAAGUAUAAUGAGUAAAAGUGUUUAGUUAAUGACAUUCUCUCUCGCUAAGAUAGUAUUCCGUUUCUGAAAAGCUCUUCAACAGUAAAGUAGCGACAAUAAAUGCAAAUACAGCGGUGCCUUGAUUUACGAAUGGCCCAGUUUUUCAAAUUACGAGUCUUUUUUUUUUUUUUCCUUUCUACAAGCUAGCCUGAGAAAAACAAACUGGAAUGCUUACAUUUUUUAGGCAAUUUUUUUGCACAUGCUUAAAUGUAUUUAACUAGUGUAAUCAUUUUUGAACAUUUCAGAACCAGCCCAAAUACUAACUCCCCUAAAAGGCAUAUCCAACACAUGAAUAUAUACUACAGUAUGUGUAUACGGUAAUCACCCUUGAUAAACCCAUUUUAUUUCUUUGCAUUCUCUUUUCAUUUAUUUUAUGUUAUUUUUAUUCAAUACGGGUGUGUUUUUUGUUUGACACAAUAAAAUUGUGUAUUAUUUCUUAGUGGAAUGGUUCAAUAGAAAUUGACUAAGGGUACAACUGAUUUGAUACAUGGCUCGUAAGUCAAGGUACAAUCGUGAAAUGUUUGGUACCAAAGUUGUAGACGAAUCCAACUUUCGGUUGGUGCGUCAGCUUCCUCGUCAUCUUAGCAUGUUAAAGUUAGCAUUUAGCUCAAAGCACCACCGUGCCUGUAACACACAAGCUCCCCUGGUGCAGUGUACAUAGCAUGACUUGUCUCGACCAUUAAAUUGCAAUUCAUUGUAAUUCAUUGAAAAAAAGAUUCAUUUGAUGCCUGCUUUGAAAAAAAUAUUUAUCUGGCCAAAUUAAGUAAGCACUUGACUUCCAGCUUUGAUGUAAAUGUAGAUAACACUGUAUCAGUGUGACCAGUGUGCUGCAUGCUCGUAGAGGGAAAUAUGAACAAAAGAGCAUACAGGAAAUUGAGCACUGAUAAUCACCUCCAUCAUUGCUUGACUCUGAUGGUGGCGCUUCCAUCGUAGGGGCUCACCACAAAAACAUGUCACCAAAGGAAUGCUGUAUAAGCCUUUUCCUAUGAUACUAAUGAAUGCCAGUGUGCGUGUGUGUGUGUAUACCAUUCCAGCACUACUACUACUAAUGUGCAACACGAUUUUAGAUGACAAGCUUGUGCAAAACCCGCCUGCCGACUUUUGACGUACAGUAUGUGUUAUCGUGUCUCAUGUUUCCGACGUGCCCAACCAAUUUCAUCAAAAUAUUUUGAAAAUAAAACUAUUACCUUUUCACGGA